UUUUCUUGUGGCAAAGCUGCCAGACUGUCAGUCCCAAAUCAAAAUAAAUGUCUGUCAAUCAGCUGAAGUUUUCAAUAUUUUUAUUAACUUUUACUAGUUAGUGAGUUGUUGUUUCUUUACGAAUCGGACAAUUAGUACGGUUUUGUGUAGUCUUCAAAGUGUCUGCUGCUUGAGGGCCAUAAGUGAGCAUUUUCCCAAAUUUACCUAACCUCACUUGGGGCUGUAUUUUUAUGUGUUGAUGGCAGAACAUGGCUGGAGAAUCACUGGUAGUAGAGGCCCUGUAUGGCUUUAAAGGCAGCAACAAUGAUGAGCUGUGCUUUAAGAAGGGCGAUGUGAUCACGGUCACGCAGAAGGACGACGGAUGGUGGGAGGGAACUUUCGAUGGGAAAACUGGAUGGUUUCCCAGUAACUAUGUGAAGGAAUGCAAAGAUCUCCCCAAACCUGUUGUCCAGCAAGACAACCAGUACAAAAGUAUCGUGCUCAAGGAUCUGAUCGACUCAGAAAAGAUCUACGUGGAAGAACUAGAGGGUUUAGUGUCGAACUACUUGCAGCCUCUGGAUACCAGUAACUUACUGUCCCAAGAUGAGUUCAAGCAACUCACUGGCAACAUCAAUGAGGUUCUGGAUGCACAUCAGCAGCUGCUGGCGCUCGUCGAACAGGAAUGCGCCAAGCCUGGACCCGAUCAAAGAGUGGGCAAGUUAUUCCUGAAUUGGGCGCCCAAAAUUAAAGCGGUUCAUCAAACCUACUGUUCUCUGCAUCCCAGAGCGGUAGUCAUCCUGGAUAAGUACAAAGAAGAACUCACACAGUUUGCAGAUGCGAGAGGGGCUGCAAACCCCAGCCUUUUGGUGCUGACCACUCGACUAAGUCUGCCUUUCCGAAGGCUGGAACGGUACCCGAAAAUUCUGCAAGAGUUGGAGCGCCACGUUGAGGAAUGUCAUCCGGAUCGAGGUGAUACGCAACGCUCUGUUAGCAUUUACGAGGAUAUAGCGACUACUUGUUCAGCCACCAAGAGGCAAAAGGAGCUGGAACUGCAAGUUUUAACAGGCUCAGUCCGGGGCUGGGAGGGACCAAAUUUGACUAGUCUAGGCGAAAUUAUUUAUAUGGGCAGUGUGGCGGUGGGUCCUCAGCAUCACGACCGAUAUUUCGUUCUUUUUCCUGCCGCCUUAGUGAUUUUGUCCGUCAGCCACCGGACCAGUGGAUUUAUCUAUGAAGGCAAGAUUUGCUUGAGCGGUUUGAAUGUCGUCCGACUGGAAGACACCGAAUUGUUGAAAAACGCCUUUGAAAUCAGCGCCCCCAUGAUCGAUAAGCGAGUGGUGAUUUGUCAAAGCCGACAAUUGGCUGAUCAGUGGGUGGAUAUGCUGACGCAAACCCAGGGAAGUCGGAUCUCAGUGAAUUCCACAACCAGCCACAAGGCUUUGCCUAGUCAAGCGCAGCACGUGCUACAACCACCUCCCCACCUGGCCAAUUUAAAUCACCGAGGCUACAGCAGUCGGUCCUCGAUACUAAAGUAUCAUCCGCCCCUGAACUACCGCCCCACAUACCCCCCAAGCAGUUAUCCAGCGGCCGCACCCUACGCGGGUCUAACGAGAUUCUUUGGCAAAAAAAUCAAAGACCAAACGCUGAGCGCGCGAUUGUUGCGCAACCUGCUCUACUCCGAGUACCUGAACAAGAAGAACAUCACGCAGGUGAAGAUCCGGCAUCACAAAACGGAGGUGGUGAUAAUGACGAAGAACUUGCACAUCCGAGAUAGUGUGAUCAAUUGUGAUAGUGGCGAUUGCGACUCGGACUCGGACGAGGCUGGGAGCAGUUCGUCGAGCAGCAAUCCCUUCGGGUAUAUUCGGUACUACAAUCCGAAGAAUGGGUCGGCGAUGGUGCAGGAAGGCGUGCGAUAUGAGAGCUUUGUUGACUAUGGCGAACCUUGGAGGAAUCAGGCUCGGGUUCUGGAGGAACCGCCGAAAAAGCCGAGCAUAGUGUUGACGUCCACUGCCAAGCUGAAUCUGCUCCAUAAGCAGUGCUCGGAAGACUCAGAGGCCAGCUCAGAAAUGGCGCCGCGCCAUCCGGGCAUGGCAUGUGAAAACCUCCUCACCCUGCCGGAGAGCUUCGAGCUGGAAUCUCUGAAUGUCCCGACAAGUUUCAUGCCGAUGACCAGGCAGAGCUGCCCUACAAAGCUUGUAGGCAACAAGUUCAACCAGAACAGCUUGACGACCGUUUACAUUCCCAAUUGGUCCAGCAGCGAGAACAACAUCUCCUGUCGGACCAGGAGCCGAAAAAGCCUAAAGAGCGAUUCAAGCAGCACUACAACGCACUCCAGUAGCCUGGAAGUGCCGGUCAAUACUUUUCCGAUUCCGGACAAAAUUGCGGCGGAACUGAUGUACGGGCAGUUCGCGAAAGGCGAAAGCACCGAGUCCGAUGCCACGGAACAAUCUCAACAGACUGUGAUAAAACCGCCGUCGAUCCUCAAUGCUAGUGAUACUCUUAGUCUUAAUCUAGAAACGAUUCCCUUUCGAAAGCACAGUAUUAAUUCGGACAAGCCGAGACGGCGAUGCAGCAUUCAGAUUAACCCGACGGAUCUCAGAAAUAAGGCUCUGAAGCGCUGCGUGAGCUCGAAGUAUGUAAAGAUGAGGCCGUCGGGCGGCGACCAUCCAGCUGAGCGAUCGGGAAAGGCCUUCUGUAGAUGCGGUUCGGAGUAUUGCCACAGCCCCAGGUCAUCCGACUCAGGCAUGGCGGGCAGUUGCACGCUGAACAGCCCGGACUUGGCCAACAGCACCGAUAUUGAGCAGGAGAUCAGUAUGAUGCCGUUGCUGGAUCAGGAACGUUUGGGCGCUGGCAUCACUUUGAGCGAAAUCGAGGCGAGGAACUUCGAAUGCGACUGCCCUUGUUCUUCGCCGUUUGGCUCGACGCCAAGAACUUCGAGCGAAACGAGCCACACUAGAGACUCGCUGCGCACCACUUCCGUCACCAGCAUGGACAUGCUGCCAUCCCAAUGGGGCACGCAGCCCCAAAUGCAUUCCAGACUGUCCAGUUCCUUAGGGCCCCAAAAGUCCAAGUCGACGAGCUCGAUUCUCGAUCGUUCAGAUGACGCGGAGGAUCUGGCGGAGCCCGAUGAGGAGGACGAGGACUCCCCGAUGUUCAAAUCGGGCCUUUACGCACACUGGUGGUUAAAAGCCAAACUGCCGCCGGAAAUUGUGAGGGCCAUCUAUGAGGGGACGCGCGAAAAGUCAAAAACUGCAGAAGUCUCCACUCGUAUCGGCUCCAAGCCCUAACCUAACCCCCAUUCCGCAGCUGAGGGGCUCCCGAGGGCCGACACCGCGCAGCUCUUCACCGCCCGUGCUGCCCCACGGCCUCCCUAGGGGCCAGA